AUGGUCCUUAGAAUUGCCGGUUGGGUGUUGACUCACGACCAGGUCCGAACAUGGUUGGAGCUGGGCGGGCAGGACUUCAAGACCCUCGAGCUUUAUGAGCUUUCCGGAGCACUCAAGGAUUGGUUUGAGGAGAGGCAAAUUGACGACAUGGUUCCUAUUCCGACUGACUAUCCUCACGGAAGCAAGCAGCCAGUCAUCAUUCUGACAACGAGAUACUACCAGGAUCCCACUGCGUCGGUGGCGCACUGGAAGCGCUUCAUGGAGCGGGAUGUUGACCGCGCAAUCAAGCGGCGGGUGUUGGAGGAGACCGGGUUUGAGGAUGAUGGCUUGCGCUGGGUGACUGUCGUCGACCCGUACUUCCAGUACCCUGUGGUGUACAAGAAUCCCAGGAAUUAUGCGCUCUGGCCUGAGACGGGCAGGCCGCCUGAGAAUGAUUCAGCCGAGAAGAAGGCAGAUGGAGACAAGGAAGUGGAGAAGGGAGACGAGGAGGAUAGAGACAAGAAAGAGGAAGCGGGAGACGAGGGGGAUGGAGACAAGAAAGAGGAAGCGGGAGACAAGGAAAAACGGUAG